CGCCGAAAGUGCCCGAAGCAAUUGAAUGACGUCACGACCCAAGGGAGAAAGAUAAAAGAAUAAAAAGUGUAAUUUAUUGUAGUGUCGAAAAAAAAGUACAUAAAUCUUUACACGAUUAAAGGAUCGUGCGUAUAAAAAAUAAAUACAUUUAAAUAACAAACCAUGGCAUACGCUUAUUUGUUCAAGUAUAUUAUAAUCGGCGAUACAGGAGUUGGUAAAUCAUGUCUUUUGUUACAAUUCACUGACAAACGUUUCCAGCCAGUCCAUGACUUGACAAUUGGAGUUGAAUUUGGAGCUCGUAUGAUUACUAUUGAUGGCAAACAGAUUAAAUUACAAAUUUGGGAUACGGCAGGACAAGAAGCUUUCCGUUCAAUAACAAGAUCAUACUACCGCGGAGCAGCUGGUGCAUUGUUAGUAUACGACAUCACACGCCGUGAAACAUUCAACCACUUAACAACCUGGUUGGAAGACGCGCGACAGCAUUCGAAUUCCAACAUGGUGAUAAUGCUGAUCGGGAACAAAAGCGACCUCGACGCCCGGAGAGAAGUCCGCCGAGAAGAGGGUGAGGCGUUUGCCCGUGAGCACGGAUUAGUUUUUAUGGAAACCAGUGCCAAGACAGCUGCUAAUGUCGAAGAGGCUUUCAUAAACACGGCCAAAGAGAUUUACGAAAAAAUACAGGAGGGUGUCUUUGACAUCAACAAUGAGGCCAACGGAAUAAAAAUUGGACCACAGCAUUCCCCGACCAACCCCGGAGGUCUAUCAGGAACCGGCGGUCAAGGUAAUGCACCAGGCGGUGGUUGUUGCUAGGGAAUAAGAGCCACCUGUCCACCAAUAAAUUAUCCCUCUAUCUAAACAAAUACAU